AUGAAGCUUCCGCUUCUCAAGCCCAAAACUCAUAUUCAGAUAGCUCGCCAAAAUCUCACGAUGAAUUACACGUCAAAAAAAAUUUCGGAAUCGCAAUAUAUUCCUAAUACUCCUAAUUUACCUGAAGAAUCCUCAGAACAAAAUACAGACUUACAGAAAACAAAAAUCCCUGAAAUAGACGUACAGCCUUUGAUAGAAGAAUUAAGAAUAGAACCUUUA